CACGUGUCUAGCCUGGCACCUCUUGCUUCUCGACUCGAAGGAUGUUGGACCGAGUGUCUGGCUGAGCCUGUCCGGCUUCUCUGUGAACCAAAAGUGGGGAAUGCAGGUCAGUCGUAAUCUCUGUCCGGAUCAUGUGGGAGCCUGAGAGAACCGAAGAGGAUUAAGGACCUUCCCACUCUGCCACUCGUCGUCCAAUCACACCGCUUCUUUAAACCGCGGGGAGCCGACGACACAGGGCCCUUCGACUGGCAAAAAUCUUUCACCAGGCUGCUCCAACAGCACCCGGCCAGCAGGUUUUCCGCUGCUUGAAGGAGCAUGUUGCCGACUCUCUCCCUCUGCUCCAUCAUCUGGCUCAACCGGGGUAUCAAGCUGAGGAAAUUGCACCAGUCCACCAACACUGGCCAGGUCUAAAAAACUGCUGCAGACAUAGGCAGAUCCGCAGCAAAACGCUACCUUAUCGACUUUUACAAAAUGCUUCUAAGCUUCGGGUGACUCCCGCACCCUCCCCUCGCCCUCCCCCUAUCUGCCUGAGCCGCCGAAUCAACACCGACACCAGAGUUUACUGACUCUACAGCCUCUUUUGGUUACCGCAGACGACGCCUGUUUAGCAGAACCCUGUCAUUGCAGUUGGACUCAGGCUGCACUACUUAAUCCUCUGUUCGUCGGCCAUUUUGAUUCUUCUUCCUCCCUGACAAAAUGGCGACGGAAGGUUUCCAGUACCUUGCUCUCUACGCAUUUACCAAGGACCAGGAGGAGGACUUGGAUCUGCAGCCUGGGGACCUUCUGACGGUCAGCAAGGCGUCUCUGCUGUCCACAGAGAGCUACAAUGAGGGCUGCGAGGAGCAGCCCGAGCACCUCGGCUGGCUCCUCGGGUACAACGAGCGCACUAAACAGAGAGGAGACUUCCCGGGGACGUACGUCAAGUACGUGGGCCCUGUUAAGAUGGUUCUCCCAUCCAGUCAACCGAGGUCCCAGCGACCCCUUCCUGCUGCCCCAAGACCAGAGGCGACUCAAGCUGUUUCUCUCCCUGACCUGAGCGAGCAGUUCACACCGCCAGAGACGGCUCCCCCGGCCCUCGUCAGCCUGAUCCAAGCCAUAGAGAAGAGAGGUCUGGACUGCGUUACAUUGUACAGAUCAACUUCUGAUUCAUCAGAUGCAGACAGCCCGGUGUACAGUCUGAGCUCAGAGUGUGAAAUGGGUCAGAAAGAUGUGGCUGAGUUGUCCGAGUGUGUUCUUCGUUACCUGAGAGAUCUCCCAUCGCCUGUCAUUCCUGCCUGUAUCUACCCCCACCUUCAAACUGCUGUCACCCUGCAGCAGCAGCAGCAGCUCCUACAGCAAUCAACAGAUGGUGCAGUCGCUGGAAGCCACGACAGAGACGUCAGCCUGGUCCUGGAGAGCUCCACCACCGUCCCUCUCCAUCAUCGUCUCACCCUGCAGUACCUCCUCACACACCUGUCCAAGAUCACUCAGGCACAGACCAGCAACGGGCUGGACACACACACACUGGGGAAGAUCUUUGGACCGCUGCUGAUGCAGACUGGACCCUCUACGCCUUGGUUGUCAUUGGAAGAUGAGUUACCAGCUCUUGUGGUCGAGAGGCUGCUGAUAGAGAGAACCGCAGUGCAAGACCUUGCUCCUCCAGUUCUUCCAGCAAAGCCAGUCAAGUCAAAAAUGGCUCCAUCAGCCAUGACAGACACAAGUGGCCUGCUGACAGAUGCUGAGUGGUACUGGGGAGAAAUCUCCAGAGAGGAGGUGAACGAGAAGCUACGAGACACUCCUGACGGUACCUUUCUGGUUCGAGAUGCUUCAAGUAAACUGGAGGGCGAGUACACACUCACCCUCAGGAAAGGGGGGAACAACAAGCUUAUAAAGAUCUACCACAGAGAGGGCCGGUAUGGCUUCUCUGAGCCUCUAACCUUCCUGUCUGUGGUGGAGCUCAUCAAUCAUUAUCGCCACGAGUCCCUGGCACAAUAUAAUGCCAAACUGGACACCAGGCUUCUGUUCCCAGUCUCCAAAUACCAACAACUGGUGAAGGAGAACACUAUAGAGGAGGUCGGGGAGCAGCUGAAGGUUUAUCACGAGCAGUACCAGGACAAGAGCCGCGAGUACGACUCUCUGUAUGAGGAGUACACACGCACCUCACAGGAGCUGCAGAUGAAACGCACCGCCAUCGAAGCUUUCAAUGAGACCAUCAAGAUCUUUGAGGAGCAGUUUGAGACUCAGGAGCGCUACAGCAGAGAGUCAUUGGAGAGAUUCCAGCGUGAGGGCAACGAGAAAGAGAUUCAGAAGAUUCAGAGCAACUCUGAGCGUUUGAAGUCCCGUGUAAAAGAGAUCCACGAAAGCAAGCGCAAGCUGGAGCAAGACCUGAGAGAGCAGGUGUCCGACAACAGAGAGAUCGACAAGAAGAUGAACAGCCUCAAGCCUGAUCUCAUGCAGCUCCGCAAAAUCAGGGACCAGUAUUUGAUAUGGCUGACACAGAAGGGCACGAGGCAGAAGAAGAUCAAUGAAUGGCUGGGCAUAAAGAACGAUGACUCCUACUCACUGGAGGAGGACGAGGGCUCACCCCACCACGAUGAGUGUACCUGGUACGUAGGCGACAUCAAACGCACACAGGCGGAGGAAAUGCUGAGAGGCAAAUGUGACGGCACCUUCCUCAUCCGAGAGAGCCAAUCACAGAAGGGCUCCUACGCCUGUUCUGUAGUUGUGGAGGGCGACACCAAGCACUGCGUCAUCUACAAGACAGCUACAGGUUAUGGAUUUGCUGAGCCCUACAACCUGUACUCGUCCCUAAAAGACCUGGUGCUCCACUACAAAAACGUCUCCUUGGUCCAACACAACGACCAGCUGAAUGUAAAUCUAGCCUACCCAGUCCUGGCCCGCUCCCAGAACCAGAACCAACACCCCAGAUGAAUCACCCACCAGCAGUGUUGGAUGCCAACUAGGGUCUGGGAACAAGUUCUUCGCUCUCAUGCAUUGGGGACAAAACAAACCUUUGAACAAGUCUUGUUCUUGUUUAAGUGGCGAUUCAAAAAUAGACUCAACAGCCACACUUUGCAAUUCAUGCGUUUUUCGGCUGGUGGCUGGUGCUUCUUUUCCACACAGACCCCAGUCCAGCAAAGAGCACUCCUUGCUAACAGCAUGGCUUCGAAAAUAAGCACACUACUACCAGAAUCAACGCACUGUACAGUUAGCCUGACUGAGGCAGCGAGUUUUAAUGUAAGGAGUGAGUCGCAUUAGCCAGCCAUGACUGUACAGUGUCAUGGAACAUGAAAACAUCUUUGAUACAGAUAAAAAAAAGACUAAAUAAGCACACAAAAUGCUGUUUUUUAGAUUAUGGAGAAGAGGAGGAAUGGUGGGAAAACCUACAGGAGGCACUUUUUUUUUUUUUUUUUGCCGUGAACACACAAUAACUGUCCUUGACAAAGGCCCAAUCUGUAAUCCCCAGACUGCCUGCAAACUCUCCAUUGACAAAAGCCUGUGCUGUCAUCCACUGACAGGACCGGCUUGGCUGAACCAGGCUGCUCGCUUCACACCUGCAGGCGGCUGAGAAACCGUGGACCAGGCGGGUGUAGUCACUGGAGCUGGAGCGAGGGGGGGCGAGGGGUGAAAGUGGCAGGGGGGUUUGGAUGGGGGUGGAAGUUUUUAGUGAUUUAAAAAAAAAAAAAAAAAGAUUGAUUGAGUUUUAAGCUUGCAUAAGUGCCAUAGUCAUAGCUUUGGACCACAAGCCUGUGUCUCUAGGACAAGGUCGGGCACGCCAAGGUUGAAAGAAGGAAGGAGAGAAUGAUCGGCUGUCGACGCAGACGAAGCUACAGCUUUAAAAGAUACACACAUAUAGGUCUAUUUUUUAUGAAAUUACCUUUUUCCAAUUGCUUUGGCAUGUCCCUCUCUCUCUUUCUCUCUUUCUCUCUUUCUCUCUCUCUCUCUCUCUCUCUCUCUCUCCUCUCUCUCUCUCUCUCUCUUUCUCUCUCUCUCUCUCUCUCUCUCUCUCUCUCUCUCUCUCUCUCUCUCUCUCUCUCUCUCGCAUUGACGAGGUACAACAUACAGUAAAGACUGUAUCACAGGACAGAUAUGCAUGGUACUGAUUUGGUGUAUAGUGAAUAGAGAAUGACUUCUUAAUCACUCUACACCAGAUGGACAGGUACUUUAAAAAAAUGCAGUUCCAUGAGAUUCCUCCUGGAAGAAAUAGUGGAAAGACUCCUGCAUCAAACGUCCUUUUGUUUCAAACUUUUUCCUUCUUUUUUCAUCCUCUUUAAUACUGUAGCACCUGUAGCCAUUGACUUAAGGCAUAACUGUUAGUGCUCCCUUCACGUGUCUCGUUUUUUAAAUGCUAAAGACACUUGCAGAGCAUCAAUCUAUGUGAUUAUUGUAUCUUCGGUACUGUAUUUGCCUCGUCUCCUCUUAGAUUAGACUGUUUUAGCGGUACUUUCGUCCUCACAGAUGUUUAUUGUUGUUUUUUUAAUGCAGAUUUUUUUCUCUCACGGUACUUUUCUCAACCGCCCUUGCGCUUGACUGUUCACUUCAUCACAAGCUUGACUCACAGAGCUGUAGAACAUUGUUGUACAAAAACAAAAAAAAGAAAGCAGUAAUAUAACACAUGUACAGUAUAUUUCAGACACACAUGCAGUCAGUGUAUGUGACUUUAAACAGUUUCAUCGCUGUUUUUUUUGUUUGUUUGUUUUUUUUUGUAAUAUUUGCUAUGCUCUUAGAUUCAAGGAUGCACAGUAUCCAGCUAAUGUGAGUCAAAUGAAGGAUGUCUUUUCAUGUAGCAAGAAAGAAAAGAAAAAUAAGAACUGUUCCUUUUUGCCAUACAGCGUGGCCUCUUUGGUCUGAGAGAUUAUCUAGUACAGUACGCAUGGAGUCCUUCAUUUGGGUUGUUGUUUUUCUGUCGUCACUAGGUAAGCACCAGUUGUUUAUGAUAGUUGUGCUUUUUGUACAGUAUGAUGUGUGGUAGAGCAGCACUAUGCACAACGCAGUCGCAUGUGGUUUCUUAAGUUUCAGUAUUCUCCGGUCACUUCCCUCUUUUCUGUUCCGUGGCAGUGAAUUGUUUUCACGUUUCUCUCGUGUUCACUUAGCUUGAGGUAAAGAUUGUACCAUCUAUGUUCUUGAUCACUUUCAAAAGCACAGUUCAUUCGUCUCGAGGGUUUAUCAAAGUUCCUCUGGUAUGACGCCUCUACUAAAUGUGAUUUACAUUGUUGAUUUCUUGAGAUUGAGUGAAUAUGAAAGUCACUGAUUUCUUACAGGAGACUCAGAUUGCCAAAAAGACACAAGUAUUUUUGUAGAGAGUCCAAACUGACCGGGAAUGGGAAGUUGUAAGAAGAAAUGCACCAUUGCAGAUUUGUUGUUUUGGAUUUAUUUUUCUUUAAGGUGGAUUGAAAUUGAAGCAUUCACCUAAACUUCUAAUUAUAAGUUGAAAUGAAAUCUGCUUUUCAUGUAAAACUUCCACUUCUCCAAUUCUCAAACUUCAGGUACAAACAAUUUCCCAAACAGACCGACUUAUCAUCAGGUGAAACUUAACUCCAUCUGUAAUCUUUGAAUCAUGACAAGGGUUUGAUUCUGUCAGGACGAAUCAAUUGUACUGUACUUUGCACAGUUCUUGGCAAGUAGAAAAUCCCAAGAAUUUAAACCAGAGGUGACGGCACUGCUUCUGAUUCGAGGGCUAUAAAAACGUGUGAGUGGGAAAGAUUAGAAGUGCCUUUUAGUCGUUGUGUCGAGCUUGUCUUCUCCUCGUUGUCAGUGGAGCGUGGCUCUACAAGACGGUGCCAUCACCACCACAUGCUGUGCCCCAUGGCUCACACAUUUGCCAUUUAUCAAAGGGUAUCUGGCAGAUGAGCGUAGCUGGUUUCGUGUUUUUGUGUGAGUGUGAGUGUGAGUGUGAGUGUGAGUGUGAGUGUGUGUGUGUGUGUGUGUGUGUGUGUGUGUGUGUUAGAGCAGUUAACAUGUUCUCGAUAAGAGAGUGACAGAUUUUAGCCGUGACUCUUCUUUGUUGUUACAUCUCUAGUUGUUACAUAUUCCUUCUCUCUCUGGUGGGGGCUGUACGGUAGCUUGGUGCUCUCUCUCACUGUGCACCAAAGCUACAUUUCUUUGAUGUUUUUUUUUUUGUUUAUAUUUGUCUGAUUUAUAUUUGAAAUAAAACUCAGAUGAGAAAGCAAUGUGAACCGUAACACAUCCGUAGCCCAGCCCAGUUGUUUGAAGCUCAUUUGAUAAGCUCUACAGUAAAUGCAUUCAGCAUUUCUCAGUGUUUUCUCUGGUUGAGUCAUCCACCGCCGCUGACACAUCCAUUAUCCAGUUUGUUGGACCAACACCUCUGUGACUGCACUUUUAUUUCUGUUCCACACAACUUAAGUAGUGUGUCUAACGCCCAACAACCAUAAACUCACAGACAGUGGUGAAGCUCAGUUGUCAAUAGUGUUUGUAGUUGAUCCCUUCGUUCAGUAUAUCAAGAGGGGUCGACGUAUUUCUUUAUGAUAUUGGAUUAUCUUGUGUACAGUGUAUGCUUUUGUUGUUUUUAUGGUCAACAACUGUCAUGUAAUUCUGAUGCUUUUGACUGAUUGAAAUAUUUUCAAGUAGAGAUAGUUUGACUUUAUGGGCUGUACAAACUCUGUAUUACUUUUCAAACCGUGUUUAAGGAGCUGCUGGUUAAUUAUGCAAUUUGUGUCCACACAGCAACACUGUCCAGCUUAACAAGUGAUUUAGUUUUAUUAACACUACGAGAGGCUGACUCUGACGGGCCCCUGGAAAUACUCCUCAUGUUUCUCCUACAUCAUUUUCAACGAAUGGCAGGUGGUGUCAGUAUGGAUACAUUUCUUUAUCAAAUAUUAUCAGGAAGUGAUGAUAUUAUAUUUGUAAGUGUUCACUAAAAUGCCUCUACAACUAGUCUUGUGUGAACAUGAAAAGUCAAUCUGAUAAGUUUUCAUGGCAGUAGUCGGGAUGUUUUGAAAUAGUCAUUUGAAGGAAAUUAACUUUCAACUAAUCUGCAGGUAGGAAAACACGCAUGAGAUACAGUACAUUGUGUUAAAUUUUCCUAAGGCUAAACAGGAAGUCACAAUCUGCAGAAACACAAUGUCCAAAUGGUUUGCAGAGUGUAGUUAGCACCACCAGCCUUUAGUCCACCUUGCAGGUUAACGUUUGCAUGCCUGUGCAGGAUACACUUUGCGAAUGGUGAUAUGCCAGUUUGACCAGACACACCCGGCAUACAACUGUAUCUCCAUUUUCUAGAUCCAAAUACUGCCAAACUGCCCCAUGACGUCUGUCAUCUGUGCUCGUUUACAUCCAGGUAGUGAAACAUUAUAGCAUUAUGGCAGCAGCCAAUAACUACUGGAGCCACAGCCAAGCUAGUAGCUGGUGGCUGUGUUGCAGCUUAGAAACAACAUAUUUAAGGGCAUUUGUAGCCUAAAAUAUAAAUAUUGAUCAUUUGUUUCAGCAACUAGAAAUACUAGUACAGACUAGUGAGGGUGACACAUUUAAUUUAUGAUUAGAUUACGUAAAAUAUGGUUUUCAAAUGCUUUUAUUGACAAACAAAAUGCAGUUCAUAUCAACUGCACCUGUGUGGCUACAGAUGUUUCUGAUUUAGACAUCACACAACCUCAGGUCAUUAAUGUGGGUACAAAAUGCGGGACAAGGAUGAGUAGAAAUGUUGUUAUUGUGUUUGGGGGCUGAUUUGGCUGGUUACAAAUGUUGCUUUUGCCACAUCAGUUCAGAAAAGUUCAUGAUCCAGGUGUUUUUCUCAAAGUUUUUAGUUAGAAUAAGUAAACAUCUUCCUGCGUCACUUGCUAAGAUGGACAUUUUUGCAGUGCAGGUCAACACUUCCAUCUGCCAUAUAUGCCAUGUUAAUCACACAUGUUUAUCAGCUUGAAGCAAUGCAACUUCAGUAGCAAUGAAAACCUGGUCAGGCAGUGAAGUGGAAUGAAGACUUUUUGGUUUUGGAGUUGAGACUUAAACCCCACUCGUGGUAGACGUUCCUCUGAAUGUCAAAGCUUUCAUCCUGCUCGUCUAUUAGAUAUGCAUUCGUGUCGGAGCUUCUUGAAAAAACAGUUUUCUACGAGUCAAAUAAUCAUUCAAGGAAUCGAAUAUUUUUUCAUCAGCUUUGGUACACUGUAAAUGAUACUUCUUGAGACAGCCUCGCACACAAAGCACAUCUUUCACAAAGAAACACGUAUAUUUGGUGUCGAUUACGGUUUGAAGAAUGAGAGACGUACUAGAGAAUAAAUAUUUUGAAAUAUAUACUUAGAUAUCUAUAUUUUUGGAUGAUGUCAUUCUGAUUUGGAUUGUGCUUGAAACAAAUCAGAAGGAGGCUUUGAUGUGAACAUGAUCUUGCUCCACAGCUGCUUUUUGUUUGAGCAGUUAUUGAAACGCAAGCAAUUUUUUACUAAUCAGCUGCAGCGAGCUUCAUCGAAACUUUGUGGUUACAGUCAAUCGACAUAUAUGUAAUCUAUUCAGCAUGAUUAUCAGGUGCAGUCAAAUGAUGAAGCAAGCUUAUGUACAUGUGUUAAUAUUUACAGAGCUAAGUCUAUAUGUUAAAUGCAGUCUUGGCUGCUUUGCAUUUAUUAAAUAUUAGAGAGGAUUUUUUUUUCUUUGUUUUAUUCUGAAUGAGUUGUCAUUCGGAUCAUUCUUGUUUUUGUGAGUACACCGAGUGUUAAAAGUUGCACCACAAAAGACACACUAAGGAUGCUGCCACAGAGAUCCCCCACAGUUUGGACACUGAUUCUGUAACAGAGUGAUACAUCUUACCACUGUUUUUUUUUUCCUUUGGUGGAUCUCUGUGGUCGCUGAAGGGUUGUUUAAAGAUUAAAAGGUACACGAUUAAAUGGUUCGAUUCAUGAUCACUUGUUCACGCAGGUCUUUGUACACAGACAGAACAAUGAUGGCAUUAGAGUGUUCUUCAAGGUGCCUGAGUAUAUUUUGUUUUUUUUAUUGGCUUUUUGAAAAAGCUCAUAGAUUUGUUUGUCCAAGUGUUGGUUAUUUUUGUUUGUUCGUUCAUAUCUGUUAUUGAUAACCUUACAGAGCCUAUAAAGAAAAAAAUAAGCUAGCUUGAACUUUUUUCCUCCAUACAGAAAAAAAGAAUACAAAUGUUUACAAUAUGUAAUUAACCAAAUAGUAAAUAUGCGUAUGAGAAUCAAUCUGUCUGUCCCUUAAAGUGGCCGUGAUAGAUUGAUUUAUAUUUCAUUAUUUCCUGUCAUCUUAAACUUGAAAAUGUUAUGACUGCUUGUUCUGGUUUUUUUCUGUUGGUUCUUCUUUUUUUUUUUACUAUCUAGAACAGUGCUCCCUCACUUUUCAAAUUACAACUCAACAAAUUUCAAGUUGAGUAACACAUCGUAUUCUUCAGUCUUUGUCAAUAUUUCCCUGCUGACGACUUCAUCUUACACUGAGCCUCGUACAUGCAGGACUGAAUCAUACGGCGCUGUCGCUGUGUGUUUUAUGUGCUGUUUGGUAGAUUUCACUUUGACUGUUCAAGGUGUUUCUCUGGUGAGGACUUAGCUCAAAGAAUUUAUAGCAGGUGGUGCUCACAUGGUGUGACUUAUGAUCCUAACACGCCCCUUGGUGAAGAGAUUAAGUACAUUAAAAGAGUUUGAACUUCAAGAAAACUACUAAGGAGACACCCUUUUUCUUGAUUUUGCACUACACAGCAAAUAAUAGUCAAAAGAUUUGCCUGAUGAAUUCCCCUGUGAUUGGGCUAAGUUUGAAGACCAAAAUGUUCCCACUAUAGUCUCAGUGUUUGUGUGAUUUCCAUUGAAGCAUAUGUCGUUGGCAGCCCUGCACUUUCAUUUCUCUUUUCUGCCUUUAUUCAAUAUUGUCACGUCAUCACUUUUAAGUCUGGACCCUGAUCUGAAAGGUUGCCAUGUGGUUUAUAAGUCUGAUGGGAAUGUUGCUUUUUUGUUUUUUUGCACUGGUUUGUACUGGUGCCUAUUCAAGACUCAACUCUCCAUACUGGUCACAAGAAUGACACUGAUACAGUUUAAAGCCAAGUUUUACACCAAUAAAAAGCAACAUCUUGCCUCUUUUUCUCCAAUGUGUGGCCCCAAAAUGUUGCCUGAAGUAUCCCUGCCUCAGCAGCAGCAGCAGAUACACCGUUCAUACUGAAUAAUGAUGAGGUUCACUUCUUUUCAAAACAAUGAAUGGGGAAGUCAGUUAAAGCUACACUACACCAAAGUGCAAUUGAACUCAGAGGGAGCACUGUUGUUUCAGCCAGUAGAGGUGUAACGGUUGAAGUAUCGGCUCAACCCCCCUAUGCACGAAAAAGAUGGUUCUUCUUCCUCUCCUCUUUUGUGUUAUCCUCCCUCUGUUGGUCUGUCUUUAUUCAGAUGAGACAUUUCUUUCUCAUUCUAUCAUGUACAGCUUGCUUCAGAGUUGUGUUUGUCCUCAGACAGGUACUCUUUCAUCUGUACGGUUCUUUCUUUAGGCUGAUGCAAUGAUUUUAAAAGACAAUAAAAGAUAUAUAAAAGGAA